UUGAUUCGAGUAUUCAUAUCCGGUCUUCCAUUUUCUUUUCGUCAUCAUCGCAUAUAAUUGCGUUCUUGUUCAGUCACGUUUGUUAUCGAUCUUGCGUUUUUAGUAAUUGUGAAACAUUUAAAUUGUAUACGAGCGUUCGUUAGUCUAAAGCUCUCCGACUCGCGCAAUGGCGGAGGAUUUGGAUGUCGAGGCAAUGCUGGAGGCGCCAUAUAAGAAGGGGGAGCAGGACUCCUCAACCAAAGACAAAUCAUCCAAGGAAAAUGGGUCUAGCCGUAAAUCAUCUGGGAAGAGCAAGCAUCGUUCUCGUUCCCGUUCUCGAUCACGAGAUCGUCGAGAGAAAGAUCGUCGCGAUCGCGACCGAGAUAGAGAUAGAGAAAGAGAUCGCGAUAGGGAUAGAGAUCGUGAUCGCGAUCGUGAUCGUCGACGUAGAUCAAGAUCAAGAGAUCGGAGAGACCGUGAUAGAGACAGAGACAAUAGUGAUAGAGAUAGGGAUCGUCGGGACAGAGAUCGAGAUCGAGACAGAAGAAGAAAACGAUCUCUCACACCAAUUACACUUCCUAGAGCAAGAUUACCAUUUGGAAAAGGCGUCAGUCCCCUUGGCAUCAGAAAUGAUGAAUUAACACCAGAGGAACGAGAUGCCCGAACUGUUUUCUGUAUGCAACUAAGUCAGCGCAUACGUGCUCGAGAUUUAGAAGAAUUCUUUUCCAGUGUUGGGAAAGUUCAAGAUGUCCGACUUAUAACAUGUAAUAAGACAAGAAGAUUUAAAGGUAUAGCAUAUGUGGAAUUCAAAGACCCUGAAAGUGUUACAUUGGCACUUGGUUUGUCAGGUCAAAAGCUUCUUGGUGUUCCUAUAGUAGUACAACAUACUCAAGCCGAGAAAAAUCGUAUGGGUAAUUCCAUGCCAAAUCUAAUGCCAAAAGGACAAACUGGACCCAUGAGAUUAUAUGUUGGAUCUCUUCAUUUUAAUAUCACAGAAGAUAUGCUUCGUGGUAUUUUCGAGCCUUUUGGAAAAAUUGACAAUAUUCAGUUAAUUAUGGCCGAAACUGGACGAAGCAAAGGCUAUGGAUUUUUGACUUUUAGAAAUGCCGAUGAUGCAAAGAAAGCAUUGGAACAGUUAAAUGGUUUUGAACUUGCUGGAAGACCUAUGAAAGUUGGUAAUGUUACAGAACGUACAGAUUUAAUACAAGGUCCGUCUCUUUUGGAUACAGACGAAUUAGAUCGAAGUGGUAUCGAACUUGGUGCUACUGGAAGGUUACAACUAAUGUUUAAGUUAGCAGAAGGAACAGGACUUGAAAUUCCUCCUGCAGCUGCAAAUGCAUUAAAUAUGGCUCCAGUUAUGUCAACGCCACAACCACCUCCACAGGUUGCUCCUCCUAUAGCAACACAGUGUUUUAUGUUAUCGAAUAUGUUCGAUCCACAAAAUGAAACGAAUCCAAAUUGGGCAAAGGAAAUUCGUGAUGAUGUUAUCGAAGAAUGUAAUAAACACGGUGGUGUGUUACACGUGUAUGUGGACCAAGCCUCCCCUCAGGGUAAUGUUUAUGUUAAAUGUCCAUCAAUAGGAACAGCAGUUGCAGCUGUCAAUUCAUUACAUGGUAGAUGGUUUGCUGGCCGAGUAAUUACAGCCGCUUACGUGCCAGUUGUAAAUUAUCAUUCGCUGUUUCCGGAUGCGAUGACCGCUUUACAGUUAUUGGUUCCGAGCGCUCCGCGAAGGGGAAUGUGAUCUUAAACAGUGCAAAUGCUAAUUACAAAUAUGUAAAUUCAUAUAGUAUUACAUUUUUACAAAAAAAAAUUUUGUUACUAUAACAAAAUCGUUAAGUGUCAUUUCAGAUUAUACAGGUGUUACAAAAUAACAGCAAUGCAUCUGCAAAUUUUCAUAUAUGAAGAUAAUUAUUUUUUUGUUUUAUAAAAAUCUUCUAUUAUUAAGCAUCUUGACCAAUACAAGCUGAAAAAUUAUUUUUAAUAUAUUUCUAGAUACUUUAUUAAAAUAUGGAAACAAAAUUAUCUUUUGAACAUUUAUUUAUUAAUAUAAUUCAAUUAUUGAAAAAUAUUUAUGUAUAUCUACUCGUGUAUCGAUUCGUAUUUCAAUAGAUUCAAUACAGCAAAAUCAAA